AUGGACCAGCGCUGUGUCUCGGUCCCGAUGAUCUCUCUCCCUGGCGGUGCAGACGAUGAGAACGAUGUGGAUGGGGUGCCCACUAUUGCGAUCUCCAUCACCGAUGCGGACUCUCCACCACGCAUUGCGGUUACUGGCCCCUCGAUGUCCACGGAGAACGUGUGCACACCCUCACCGCCGCAGGGCAUGGUGUCCUCUGGGUCGAGCCAGUCAAGCAUGUCCUCGCUGCAGUGCGUGGAGCCACUGCGGUGCAAGAUCUUCAAGCACGCAGAGGGCUCGCUUGCAUGCGACAGGUGUGGGGGCACGAUCGUCGGGCGCAUGGUGAGCACGAUGGGCAUGCAGUGGCAUCCGGCGUGCAUGGUCAUCCUCCUUGUGUGCUUGCGCCCACCCUCCUCCCUAAAAGCUCGUGCCCGCCCUCCCUAUGCGCAUGCAUGGCCGUCCUCACUGCGCACAUGUGCUCAUCCUUCCUGUGUGCUCACAUUUGCACUCCCUGCACACCCGUUCUCCCUGGGCACUCGUGCCCAUCCUCCCUGUGCGCUCACACCCAUCCUCCCUAUAGCGUAA